CAUAUCCAGUCGACGACAUAUUUGGCUUUAGUCCACUAGUACAGACCGAUUGAAACGCACGAGAUGAGUGAAACGACAGCCCGCGGUGAAAGUUUUUCGUACCAGCCGUUGGAUACAGAACAGGCGAAUGCACUUGGUUGCCCUGCGGCACAAACGUUCGUCAAGGUAAAGUUAAAGCAGAUUGCAGCCUCUGAGAGCCCAUUCGCCGACGGUCAACCUUGGGAACCGAAACCAUGUGUCUUACCACAAAAAUAUCAACAAUUUGCGGAGCGUGUGCGAAAUUUCCCUGUUUACGAUGAUGAUGUUUGGAUUAUUACGUUUCCGAAAUGCGGCACGACAUGGACUCAGGAAAUGGCUUGGUUGAUUGAUCAUGACUUGGAUUUUGAAACGGCCAUCCGUGAAAGUAUCAACACUCGAUCGGUGUAUUUGGAAAUUUCAGGUAUUGGGAAGAACAUACCCAUAGAUUCUGUAGCAUCAGCGGCAAACAAAACACGUCCUCGUCACAUCAAAUCACAUCUUCCGUUGGCAUUGCUCCCAAAGCAACUAUGGACCGUCAAGCCAAAAAUCAUAUACGUAUCGCGAAAUCCCAAGGACGUCGCCGUUUCCUACUGGCAUCAUUAUCAAAUGAUCAUGGGCUAUCGCGGCCCGAAGGAGAAUUUUUAUGAAGCUUUGCUUGACGAUCAGGUAAUUUAUUGUCCGCAAGUUCAGCACGUGUUGGAUUUUUGGCGCUUACGCGAUAAAGAAAAUGUACUGUUUCUGACAUACGAGCAAAUGAAACGCAAUCUACGGGAGGUGCUCCCUACAGUUUGUGAAUUCUUCGGUAAACGAUAUUCCGAACAGCAGUUGGACAUACUAACACACCAUUUAUCGUUUGACGAGAUGAAAAAAAAUCCGGCCACAAACAACUCGGACAUGACAAAAAGAGCGAUGGAAAUGAACGGCAGAAAAGGGGAUACGUUUGAAUUUAUGCGGAAAGGUCUGGUCGGUGAUUAUAAAAAUGAGCUCUCACCAGAACUAAUCGUUCGUUUUGAUCAGUAUAUUGAAAAGGAACUCAAGGAAAGUGAUUUCAGAUUCGAACAGUGAUAUUGCAAGAUUACGUGCAGAAGACUUAAGAUUGGUGGCCCAAGAUCUAAGUACCCGAAAAUGUAUCAGGAAUGCAACGACACAAGCAAAAAUCCUUAAACCUGUGUACCUAUUUUGAUCUAACUCGAUAGUAAAGAAUGAAAAUGCUUUUUCUAACGGUGGCGGCGUAGAGCGGCGCGGAUCAAAACUUUCCCUCGAACAUUUCCUAAAGCAAUCCUAAAAUACAUUUUAAUAACUUAAUUCUGUAACCAGCUUAUUGAUAUAAAGUGCACAGUGAAUUUUCUCUCUGUAAUUUUCCGAGGAAGUGUGCGUUUUAGAAUGUUAAAAA